AUGGAAUAGAAAUGGGAGAUGUAAUAUAUUCUAAUAAACUUGAUAGUCUAAGAACGUUGAGUACAAAAAUAAAAAAAAUACUAAACAAAGCCUAAGAUUAAUUUUAAGAGAGACAUUCAAAUAUACAACAAGGUUACAUUACAGACUUAAGAUAAUAUUGUAGGAUUGUUACUGCUUGUGAAGAACAAUUUAUUCUAAAUUUGAGUGAUUAUAACUUAGAAUUUAUUGGGGAUCUUGUAAAAGUAAACAAUUGUUAUUUAUUUAAACAGACUUUGUCUGGAUUUCAUUUACUAUUGAUCUCAAAUCUCUUAAAUUGGAUAUAACAAUUUGAACUAUUACUAACUCCUCAUUCAGGGAAUUUACCUUUCGAACAUUUACUUGAAUAAAGUCGAUUACAUAAGAAUAGAUUCAAUAACAUAAAUGAAAGUGAUGCUGCCAAACACAUAAAUGAAUUGCAUGAUUCCAUACAAUCUCUUGCUUAAAAUAAUAGAUAAAUAAUUGAUAGUCAUAAUUCUGAUAUUCAAAAUCCAAACUCUCUUGAUGUCAUAGAUUCAGUAAUUACACAAUAACUUAGAGAUAAUAUUAGAAGUAACUCUAAAUCCAAUUCAAGAAUAAUGUUAUAAAAAUUAUUAUCAAAUCAAAAGAAUAAAAAAGGUAGUAUUGAUUAGGAACAAUAAACGAUUUUAAAUUUUUAAGAUGUUGAUUACAUUGAACAUUAAAACCAAGAAUUAAGAAUUCUUAUCGAUAGAACAAUCAAAUAAUAUGAAGAUAAAUUAAAAUAAUCUAUAAACAAAUACAAAGAAGCUAAACUUAUUCUUAAGGCUCAAAAGAUUGAACUCGAACAUUAAUCUACAUUAUUGGAUGCAUAAAAUGAAUUAUUUAAAUAAUAUUAAGAUAAAAAACCACAGCAAACUCUAACUCAUUUUAUUCAGGUUCCAACUAUUGCUGAUAAAAAUAAAAAGUUAUAAAUUGAAAGAUAAUCAAAAUUUUUAUUUACUAAUAUGAAAUUAAGAUCUUCAUCUCUUCCUAGAAUAGAUGGAAAAGAUGAAACACUUAUGAGAAAUUCAUUUACUAAAAUUGGGGUUUAGUUGUCCAAAAAUUUAAUUCCAACUUAAGAUGUAGUUGAGAAUUUUAAGAAAUAUUAAUAAUCACAUGAAUUUAAAGAAAAAAUUACUAAAGUUUGUCUCUAAGUCUAAGUUAAAGUACCAGCAGAUGAAUUAUUAAAUGAGUCAAUCUCUCAGGAAAAUAGAGUGAUGAUAUUCUCAAAAUUAUGUUAAAUUCUCAAAGAAAAGCAUUAAUUAUGUUUUCCUUAAUGUGAUCAUUUAAAUUUUUUAAAUUGA